AUGGGCUACGCCUUCACCGUCGCCCUUUCACACUUCCUCUUCCUCGACGUUCCUACUGGCGCAUACGUCCACUACCCCACUAUCUCCACCGACAUGCUAGGAAGCCUAGACGCCUCUGGUCGCGGUGUCAACGCAGGCCUGGGAAGUGGCUGGAAAGGAAAAGCCAAGAAGGCAUACUGGCAUCUCUUCGCCCGUCUAUACAGCUGGAUUGGUGCUGAGAUCGACGUCGUCAUGACAAACUCCACCUGGACCCAAAACCACAUCAAAGCCCUUUGGGGCCGCACACGUCAAAAGAGACGCUGGACACGCGACACCUUCGUCGUCUUCCCACCCGUCGCUGUCGAAGAGUUGGAACAAGAGAUUGAAGUCUCCGAAGAGUCUGAGAAGAGCAGGAGAAAGGACAUACUCUACAUUGCACAGUUCCGCCCUGAAAAGGACCACCAAAACAUAAUCAUGGCCUUCGCUGAGUUCUUGCGCACUCGUAAGGACGACGCCAAAGAAACUCCUAGACUGGUGCUUGUGGGCUCGGUCCGCGAUGANAAAGACAAGAUGCUGGUGUACAAGCUACGUGUGCUGGCGCGUGAACAACACAUUGCCGACCACGUCGACUUCAUCAUCGACGCAAAGUGGUCGCAGAUUCUAGAUCGCUUGAGAACUAGCUGGAUCGGCGUCAAUGGCAUGUGGAACGAACACUUUGGCAUUGGUGUCGUCGAGUACCAAGCCGCUGGAUUGAUCUCUGUGGUUGAUGACAGUGGUGGUCCCAAAUACGAUAUCGUGGUUCCGAUCGAUGGAAAGCCCACCGGUGAGUUAUUGUGCUAUAUUGCCCCAAUCUUUCGAGCUCUUUACUGA